AUGUUUUCUCUUGCCAAGUUAGCGUACUCUGUUUGUGACGAUGAUGAUAGAAUAUUUUAUGAUAAUUUGGAGACAUUAAAAAUCGAUAUUCAACCUUGUUGUAUCGAUGUAUUGAGAUACCUAAAGAACGAGACAGGAUCAAAUAUUAAAGAUGUUGAUUUUUACCAUGAUAAUAAAUUUAAAAACAAUGCAGCCGACUCAAUGAGCGAAAAAGCCGCUGCCAGCGGACAUUUGGAGUGCUUGGCGUUCGCCGAAAGUCGCGGGUUCCCGUGGACACGGGCCGUGUGCGCCCACGCGGCCGCCAACGGACAGCUCGAGUGCCUUAAGUACGCGCGCGAACAGGGCUGUCCGUGGGACGUGACGGUGUGCGAGUACGCCGCGGCCAACGGCCAUUUGCAGUGCCUGCAGUAUGCCCGGGAACACGGCUGUCCGUGGGACGAGAUCGUGUGCGAGAAGGCGGCUGGCCGUGGCCAACUCGAAUGUCUGGCGUACCUCCAGGACAACGGGUGUCCGUGGGACGCGGCCACGUGCGAGGCGGCCGCGGCCGGCGGGCACAUCGACGUUCUGCGGUAUGCGCGCGACCACGGCUGCCCGUGGGACUCGUCGACGUGCUGUGAAGCUGCGGCCAAUGGCCACCUGGCGUGCCUGGCGUAUGCCCACGAAAACGGCUGUCUGUGGGAUAAAACGACGUGCGAAGCGGCCGCAGCCGGUGGCCACCUCCAUUGUCUGACGUACGCGCACGGUAACGGUUGCUUGUGGGACAUGAUCACGUGUGACGAGGCCGCGUCGAACGGGCACGACUCAUGUCUGGAAUAUGCGCGGGAAAACGGUUGCCCGUGGGAUGGACAUAUUCCAUGA